UUUUAGAGGGACUUUUUAGAGGAAGAGAUGAUAAAAGACAGAAUAUUAGAAGCAAGAUUUGUGUGAGUGUGUAUGUAUGUUUGCAUUGGAUCCUUCGCCCAAGUGGGUCUCUCUUUUCUUUUAAGCUAAACUCCGAAACAAGGUUUUAGAAAAGAAAACACAAAACACAAAAGCAGACCGUCAAUUAGAUGAUUUGUGUUCGUCCUAUUUGUAUGUCAACCAUUGUUGUUCCUCAAUUAGGCUUCUGGGUCUCUACCAUCUUGCUUUGGCCUUGCUUCUUUUAUAUAUCUUAAUAUUUAUUUGUUACACUACACCCUGAUUAUCUCCAUUUCCAUUCACAAUCUCGAUCUUGUGUCGAUCUUUGGCUUCCUUUAUCUUUCUCGUUGAUCAUCAUACAUACUUCAGUACUCAUGGGCGUGUCUGGUCCAGAUCAAUUGUUUCUCUCUGAGAAAGAUUUGACAACCAUGGAUUUAAACUUGUUAGUUAGACCCAUGUUGGAGUUUCAUCAGAACGAGAGCCAAAUUGCACCCUUGGACGAAGAUUGUGAUGAUCUGCUUAUUCAGAACCAAGAAGAAAAAGAAGACGACGAAGUGCAAGUACAAGAACAAGAAGAAGACAAAGAAGGUGGAAAGAAGAAGUACAAGUUUAUGGUUUCUUCUUUAAACUUGAAAUUACAAUCUCCACGAGAAUUCAGGUAUGACGAUGAUGAUCAAUACGAUGGGUUGAGGACUCCGACAUCUUAUUCGGAUCACAAAAUCCCAGUUGUCCUUCAAUGCCCUCCCGCACCAAGAAAGCCUAGAUCCCUCCCUUCAAAACGAAAAGCCUCAUGCCAAAGAGUACUAGUACUGGAUCUGUCAAAAGAGAUCGAGUCUUUGUUCCCUCCAAACAUUGUUGGUAACAAGAUCAAGAAACUCAGACAAGAAAGUCAAGACACCAAAUGAGUCCAUAUAUAUGUGUGUGUGUUUGAUAGUAUCUAUGAUUUGUAGUAUUAAUUCCUUUGUAGUAUUGACCUGGUGUUUGUGCCAUCAAUGGCAUAUUGAUCAUAUUAUUCUUGUUCA